AUGCCUCUAUCUACCUCACAAGCUAGUUUUACAUCAGAACGGUCUAAAAGUGUUGAAACAAAUGUUAUACGUCCAACACGAUUCAAAGAUUUACAGUUUACCAAAAAACCACUUCACAUACCAUACAGUGAAUUUGAACCAUAUAAGGCAGAUAUACGAAAACGUGUGGAAACUAGUCGUAUUUCGGGUUUGGAUGGGUUGCUCAUGAUACAUAUUAUGUCAGGUCAAGGGUUAAAGUCUUCUAAAACUACUUUACGUGAUUUAUAUUGUGUGGUGGCAGUAGACUCUGUGAAUAAAGCUCGAACCAUGAUCCGUACUGGUGCUAUUAAUUUUGAUUGGGACGAGGCAUUUGAUGUAGAUUUAGAAGACUCCAAAGAAGUUUCCUUUUUAAUUUAUCAUUGGGAUCCAAAUUAUAAACAUCGACUGUGUUUUCAUGGAUCUGUCCUACUACCAGGAUAUGUCCAAAGUGGUCAUAAAAAGUAUGUGGCAAUAAAAAUGGAACCUAAGGGUAUUUUAUUUCUUACUUUAUUAUAUAAAGAACCAUCUAUCUCCUUACAAAGACUGCCAUCUGUCAGAAAGAAUGGUUUAUUUGGCGUGGAAUUAGAGACUAUAAUAAAACGUGAAAGUACAGGAUUAUGUGCUCCUUGUAUACCUAUUAUAGUACAAAAGUGUAUUGAGGAAGUAGAGCGCCGUGGGUUAGAAACUAUAGGUAUUUAUCGACUUUGUGGAUCAGCACGAAGAAAAGCUAUGUUGAGAGAAGCAUUUGAGAAGAAUGCCAAAGCUGUAGAUUUAUCUCCUGAGAAUAUUUCUGAUAUUCAUGUUAUAACAGGUGUCCUUAAAGAUUACUUACGUGAGCUUCCAGAACCAUUAUUUACCAAUGCUCUCUAUCAAAUGUUAAUGGACGCAUUAAGUGUUCGUCUACCUGGUGAUCCUGAAGGUAGUGCAACAUUGAUGCUGAGUGUGCUGGAGUGCCUUCCACAAGCCAAUCAGGAAACCAUGACCAAAGUGCUGAACCAUCUAAAACGGGUAGCUGCUAAUAGUGAUAAAAAUAAAAUGACUUUAGAUAAUUUAGCCAUUUGUUUUGGUCCAGUUUUAUUGUGUCCGUCACCUAUCACUUCAAAUGAAGCUGCAUUAGAUUUUAAAAAACAUAUAGAAGUAUUAAAAUAUUUGUUAGAAAUUUGGGAUGAAAACAGUAGUAGUAGUAAGUAUCUUUCUAUCAUCAAAUUUUUUAACAUUUAA